UUAAAUGUGGAGAAAAACAUUCUUAAUAUUUUUCAAACAAGAGCAUUUUGCUUGGACAACAUGUAGAUUUUACAACUUUCAAUAUACAGAAGAGAAUAUCAAAUAUUCUGUUUUAUCGUGAUCUUUGAUAUAAGCUCAGCACUAAUAAAACAUCAUAACGUUGCGUUUGUUUUGAAAUAAAAUAGACUGGUUGAAUAAAUUGUGUAUGGCCUGAAUAAAAUCUUGCAUACAUUGACAAUACUAUAAUAAUAUGCACUGAGGACAUUGACUUGUCAACACAUUUCUGGACAGUUGAUCGCAUAACACUGUAUCGGAAUCCAAUAUACCGCUUCAUCGCCCGUGUCUUUGUAAACACAAUGUGCAAAUUCAGGAGAGGCGAGAAAAAUCUCGACGCCGUAGGCAAAUCUCGCGCCUCCCGAGAUCAGUCCGAGAGGGAAAGCGCUGUGCCUCGAUUUGUUCGGACGAUUAGCGAUUAAAUGAUGACAGGUAGAGAAAGGAGGUCAAUCUGUAAACUCUAGAGUUCUACAAUUAUCACUGUACGACACUGGUCCACAAAUUGUAAAACAGUUAGAAUUUCUACGAUGACACUAAUAAAAUUUGUCAAGAAACGCAUAUAUAUCUAAAGUUUGUAUUUGGUCCGAACAUAAAGUUGGAAAGCAACAGAGAAUUCAGAUAUAUCCACUCCAGUUUAUUUAUGUUAAAAUGUAUCUUAAUACUAUAACAGCGAAUAUGUGUACAUUAGAAAACAAAGAUAAUCCGACAAAUCUCCGCAAAAAAGCCAAAAGAAAACGCAAGCAUAUUCCGCACGCCCAGCGGCCUUCGGAGUAUGUGGAGAAAAGGAACAAGAGAGAGAGGAACCGAAUACGGACAGUCAACGAAGCCUUCGAUGAACUCCGAAAGAAAGUCCCAUCCUGUGGACAAGACCCGGAUCUGAGGAUUUCCAAGAUGGAGGUCCUGACGCACGCCAUAGGCUACAUUGAGGACCUGUGUGGGUGCCUCGGGUACGGCAAUUUUGCGGAGUACUGGUUUCACGAGGGACAGUUCACGAGGGUAAAGGAAAACACUGGGUCCGGACUCCAGGAGCGGAACACUGGGAUAUCUGGCUUCAGUCGUCCGUCACUUCCGAUGUAUAAUGGCGUCCUGAAGGAAAGAACGACAAACAAAGCGGAUUCUACGUCACUUCCUCCCCUUUCUGAGCAACCCUGGAGAUCCUCCCCGUGUGUCCGCACCCACUCCACACCUGAUUAUUCACAUGUAACGAGAAAAUUGGGUGGCCAUAACCCAGUCACUGAAACGAAUAAUUUUGUAAAUGAUCAUUCGUUUGAAGCUGUUCACAACAGUUGUUUUACACGCCAUCCGGGUGAUGGAGAAUUCCAAAAUGGAAAUCAGUAUGACGACUAUGUGUACUGUGAACCGAGUUAUUUCCCCAGUGAUGAUAUGGACGUUGGGUCAUUAGAUACUUUCCAUAGAGUCUCAAAGUUUUACCAUUCUACCAUUCCCUUUAUAUGAUAAUAUUGAUAAUUAAAAGUUCUAAGCU